AUGCCAUUGCCAUAAGACACGGGCGGAGUCAAGUUACUUUGGGGAAAAAUCUUGACAACCUUUCUUCUUCUUCCAGUCUCCCUCUCUCCCUCCUCUGUAUUAUCACAUAUCGACACACACACAAAUUGAUCUGCUGCUUCUAGGGGCUACCCUAUAUACAUUAAGCUUUUGAAUCAGUUGAUCUUCAAAGGGUACUUAUGGUGCAGAAAGUGAGUUUUCCUCCUUGCUUUUGACGAGUGCAUCAGCUUUCUGGUUGGAAGAAGUCUGAAAUCUGGUUAUCCGUGUGGGAGAGAAUCUCAUUGUAUGCUCUGAAUCUGGGAACUAAUACAUACAAGGUGUAAUCUUGUGAAGUAAACUGCUACAAUGAUGAUCAACAAGUCACUUUUCUUGACUUACCUUUAUCUCUUAAUCUACAUUUUGCUGUCAUCUGGAGUUAUUCUAUACAACAAGUGGGUUCUCUCUCCAAAGUACUUCAAUUUUCCCUUUCCUAUCACUCUUACUAUGAUCCAUAUGGGCUUUUCUGGUGCCGUAGCAUUCUUUCUUGUUCGUGUUUUUAAGGUUGUUGCUCCAGUUAAAAUGACAUUUGAAAUAUAUGCAACAUGUGUAGUUCCCAUUAGUGCUUUCUUCGCAUCAAGUCUCUGGUUUGGCAACACUGCAUACUUGCAUAUAUCAGUGGCCUUCAUUCAAAUGCUGAAAGCAUUAAUGCCAGUAGCAACACUUAUCAUGGCAGUCCUAUGUGGCACUGACAAGCUGAGGUGGGAUGUGUUACUGAACAUGUUGCUGGUCAGUGUUGGAGUUGUGAUUUCUUCAUAUGGAGAAAUCCAUUUCAAUGUUAUAGGGACACUUUAUCAAGUAACAGGCAUCUUUGCAGAAGCUUUGAGACUAGUUUUAACUCAAGUCCUUCUACAAAAAAAGGGUUUAUCUCUAAACCCUAUUACAAGCUUGUAUUACAUAGCUCCAUGCAGUUUUGCUUUCUUGUUUGUGCCAUGGUAUUUGUUGGAGAAGAGUAACAUGGAAGUUUCACAAAUUCAAUUCAACUUCUGGAUUUUCUUCUCGAAUGCUUUAUGUGCUUUAGCAUUAAACCUCUCAAUUUUCUUAGUAAUUGGAAGAACUGGAGCAGUUACAAUUCGUGUAGCAGGUGUCCUUAAAGAUUGGAUAUUGAUCGCUCUUUCAACUGUAAUAUUUCCAGAGUCUGCCAUUACCGGGCUCAAUAUUAUCGGUUAUGCCAUUGCACUUUGUGGUGUGGUGAUGUACAACUACAUAAAAGUUAGAGAUGUGAAAGCAUCUCAACUUCCUCCUGAAAGUAUCCCAGAACGGUUGACUAAGGAAUGGAAGCUGGAAAAGAAGUCAUCUGACAACAACAUCAGUGAUGAAGAUAAUACAAGGAGUAGCAGCAGAUUUAGUUCAAUGUCAGAUAGUGCAGUAGAUGAAGAGGCACCUUUAAUGGCAUCUUCAAGGCUUUCUUAUAUUGCACGUUCACAGCUUAAUAGCCGAGAUACAUGAUGAUGAUGAUGCAUUUAAUGUAUAAAACUAAUCUGGUGAAUUCAUAGGGACAUACAUGUAUGUGGUUCUUUUCCUUUUGGAAAGUAGUUGUGGUUGGUAGCUCCCUCUUUUGAGGUUAUUUUUCUAGUUUUUACAUGGUUUCAGGACACAACAAUCGGUUAUUGUAUUAUUGUAUUGUAUUUUUAACAAAGAGGUUUUGAAUUUUGGAAGUGAAUCAGUGAAUGAUGUUGACAAA